AUGGUUUGGAUGACUUGUCAGACCAAAAGAUACCACGGCACCGCAAGGUCUCGCCAGGAUCCGCAAUCGGCGGAACCCAGACAGUCUCAAGGAUCUUUAGUCCUGUCUAGCAAGAUUAUGUCAUCCUUCGAUACCAUAGAUCUACCGGGGGCUUUAAGAACCUCAACAGAGAGAAGACGUGGAUACGCAGGGAUGGCACGACUCACUGAGCUCCGUUCCUGCGCAGUCUGGGCUGCUCCCCUCCGCCCCCCUCACCCCCUCCAGGGGUAG